CAACAAAAUAACACGAAAUGCCUGGCAUAUGAGCCAGGCCGAGUGAAUUAAGCCGUGUGCGUGUGCAAGUGUAGUAUCAUCUCCCGCUGGCGGAUCAGAAAUCGACCAGAAUGUUACAAUUUCUGAAGAAGACAGGUCGAAGAAAAUCUAUCACAAAUGGCAACAGCAAUGAGUCGUCCUUAGCAUCGAUACUAAACAAUGAUCCAACGACGGUACCAUCAUCACUCAGAACAUCUGAUGAUGUCAUCGAUAGUGCAAAAUCACCUGAAACCGAUGAGGAGGCGCUAAGACUAGCGGAACGGCAUUGCUUCGAGAAACGAGAUACUGCCAUUCGUGUGUCGAAACUUUCGCGCCGUAUGAUUGAUAUUCUGGUGGAGCAGAGCUGCAUCUGCUACUUUGUUCAGUUUUUAGAAUCGAAAAAUGCUCUUUCGUUGAUUAAGUUUUGGCUAGAGGUGGAAAGUUUCAAGGCGGCAGCAACGGAAAGUGCGCGAGGCGUGCUAAGACCGGCCGGUGGUUCUGCUCAUGCUCAUGGUAGAUUGCACCGAAGUGUUUCCUCCGAUGGAUACGAUAGUCUAUCGUACUUUAGCAUAGACUGUGAUUCGUUAUCGACGAACUCGUUCUCUGAAAAUGCCUUCGAAGACUCACAGUCGGCCGACGAUGUACGGGAACUCGAUUCUCGUACGUCGCAAAGUUGUACACCGGUACCGCCACCCACACCGUUGGAAGUGCUAGAGGAAGUGGACAUCAAAGAUGAUGGGUCCGACGAUGGCGUGGCGAUACUGGAACAGGAUCAGGUUGGUAAAGAGUCUAAAGGCAAACACCUCGAAGUCUGUGAUAUAACGGUCAUGCGACAGUCGUUAACUGAUGAUGAAAAAACACAAAUUUGCGAAGCUGGAAAAGGAUCUGCGAUGGAGACUGCAACGACCGCUUCAUCGAUGACGAAGGCAAACGCACUAACAACGCCGACCGUUAGCCGGCCCUUUAACUCGCUCAUCAACUCGGACGCCGUGAGAAUAUAUAGGAAAUAUUUGGUCACAAAUUCACCGCACUACAUUGAAAUGCCGGCGACCAUCUUGUCUAACAUCUCGCUGGCGCUGUGCAGUAGUGGGACAUGCAGUGAGAUUAUCUUUAACGAAGCUCAAAACUUCCUGCUAGAGAUGCUGGAACAAAACUAUUUGAAUCCAUUCCUGGAGAGCUCCUUCUACUGCAAGUACACGCUGGAGGUUCUGACGAGCGAUAACCUUACGCUGAGAGACAUUCUGGGAAGCGAAAUGGCGCUGUUCUACUUUAUGGAGCACCUAGAGCAGCAAAACAAGCGCCACUAUUUAGAGUUCUAUGUGGGUGCGGUACACUUCAAGCGUUCGUUCGAAAAUCAAGUCCAAGCACAAAAGGAUGCCGUCGUCCUGUAUGAGAAAUACUUUUCCCUACAGGCCACCAGUUCGCUUUGCUUAAGCGACAAGAUACGCUUUCUGCUCGAAGAACAUAUCUGCUCAGCGGAUCCGACCAUUGUGGCCGAAUGUUUCGAGCUUCCGGUGCGAAUUAUUGAGCACUUUCUCGAGCAGCGUUACUUUGCGGGAUUUAUCAAAUCUCCACUUUACUGUCGGUUUAUAAGCGAACUGCUCGGCAAGGUGAAGACGAGCACGAGCAACGAUGUUAGUGGAAUACUUCCGGGUGGACGUACGGCAGAACAACGGAGCGGUGUGACCGGGGGUGGUAAACGUGGCCAUCGGAAAACGCUUUCCGACGUAACGAGUGAUUGCAGUGCGGCAGGUGGACGCGGACGCGGAAACGCGGUCGCGUUUAUUUCUUCGCAAAACACUCUGUUGGCCAUGUCCGAUACUAACUACCAGCGAAACCGCAAGCACUUGGUGGCCGUUGCACUUGCUGCCGCCGCCGCCAGUGGGACUUCCGGUGGUGGAAUGAAUGGCGGCUCAGGAGGUGGUGGAGCUGGUGGCGAUAUCAUGCAGAUCGAUUCCCGUCAACUGUAUAAUCCGGAUCUUUUGUGGCGACGCAGCUCGCCUGUUGCUGGUCUAACAUUCGGUCGGAUCGAUGCAUUGGGUCGUUACGAGCGAGAUUUUGAUAUCGCGGAACCGCCGUCGGGAGAUGAUCGUUGGAAUCGUAAUCGAAUCAAGAAAGCCGUUCGAAAGCUUGUCAAUUUGCCGGAAGAUAAGGCACAGGAAGAGCUGGCUUGGCAGGUGGCCGAGAUGAUUGUGAAAGACAUUACUAACGUUACCAUGAACAGUAAGACGUGAUUGAAAACUGGUCCUCUCUGAGUGUUGCGCUGUACGAGGUGCUGGGAUUGCGCAACGAUUUAUAGAUAAUAUAUGGAUGUUUUAAUACUCCUAUUCCACUACAACCCCAUGCGGAUCGGUUGGCAAAACCCAUGGCUGGUGAAGCAAAAGUAUUACCUAAAACUCACAGGAUGAGAAGAGGUCCGUCGCAACGCCUUCGUUGCUGUACGUAAUAUUAUUAACUAGUAUACCGGCAAGGUAGAGCGAAUCUCUCCGCUAUAACAAGAUGGUGCUUAUACAACAACAAAAAAUAAGAGAUAAACAAUUAAACGGUUCAUGACCUAUUAUUUACUACUUACAAAAGGCAUCCGCUCCCUGAGCAUGGCACGUAUAAUUGUACUAUACAAAUAUGCUCCUACGUUCGAAUGAAAAGUGGCAACCGUUGUGCGCCCACGAUGUGCGAGGAUCGGAAUCGUGCGGUGUUGAAUAAUUUUGCCCACGAGAAUGUCUUUUUUUUAUUCGUUUUGUACUUCUCUAAGAUGUAUUAUUGUUUUAUCGUAUAUUAAUUUUAUCUCGAACAAAAAGGUCUGGGAUGAUUUUAAAUUUUAGUUUCACAAAUUGUUAAUGCCGAACGGGGAUUAGAAUCUGAAAAAAAAACCUCCGAAGAAGGACUACAACGCUGUAAGCAAAUCGUGGAGUAGCUACAGCAAGUUUCUCGUAGUAUUAGAUGUAGACGUGCCAAUACAUUUUGGGACAGCUUCGGGUGAAUGACGAAGAUCAAAACGCAAAACGGUCUUAGACCGAACAUUAUUGAAACAAAACUAAAUCGAAUCGUUGUGCUACCGCUUUCAAUGAGUAGUCGAAGUAUCCUCGAACACACAUGUUGAAUCUGUUACUUUUUUAUAGUCGGUAAGGAACAUUAACAUCAUCCAUUUUUAAACAUGUAUCUCAAGAGCAAAAAUAAUGGCCGUGGGCCACGUAAACAAAAACAAAAAACAAGAAAUGCAUGACGCAACAACAUCGUACAAUGUCCAAUUAUGUUAAGGAUAUUUAAGGAACGAAAUAUAUUUUCUUAUGAUAACAGAAAA